GUUGAUGCCUUCAGCAGAGAGCGGUGCGUGGUUGGAUGUGAGCGCCACAGACCUGGCUGUACUUCCAGAUCGAAGAUGGCGGUCUCGGUGUUUCCCGGCGUGCGGCUCCUCUCCAUCGGAGACGCGAAUGGAGACAUACAGCGACACUCAGAGCAGCAGCCGCUGCGGCUGGAAGUCAAGAGCACACCCGAUGCUGCUCUCAUCAAUCUCUCCAAUGGAGAGGAGGCGAGUGUUUUCAAGUGUUCGGUUUCCAGGGAGACGGAGUGCAGCCGCGUGGGGAAGCAGUCAUUCAUCAUCACACUGGGAUGUAACAGCGUCCUGCUGCAGUUCUCCUCACCUGCAGACUUUCAGUCCUUUUAUAACCUGCUGAAGAACAGUCGGGGGCACGUCAAUGAGCCCUCGGUCUUCAGCGACAGAACAGAGGACUCCUCUGCUGUUCAGUACUUCCAGUUUUACGGCUACCUCUCCCAGCAACAGAACAUGAUGCAGGACUAUGUUCGGACAGGCACUUACCAACGGGCUAUUCUCCAGAACCACACCGACUUCAAGGAUAAGGUGGUGCUGGAUGUCGGCUGUGGCUCGGGGAUCCUCUCUUUCUUUGCCGCCCAAGCUGGAGCCAGGAAGGUGUACGCUGUGGAGGCCAGCACCAUGGCUCAGCACGCUGAGGUGCUGGUGAACAGUAACCGUCUGGGGGAGCGUGUGGUCGUCAUCCCGGGGAAGGUGGAGGAGGUGACGCUCCCGGAGCAGGUCGACAUCAUCAUCUCGGAGCCCAUGGGCUACAUGCUGUUCAAUGAGCGCAUGCUGGAGAGCUACUUGCAUGCCAAGAAGUUCCUCAAACCCAACGGUAAAAUGUUCCCCACCAUCGGUGACGUCCACUUGGCCCCCUUCACUGAUGAGCAGCUCUACAUGGAGCAGUUCACCAAGGCCAACUUCUGGUACCAGCCCUCCUUCCAUGGCGUGGACCUCUCUGCCCUGCGGGGAGCAGCAGUGGACGAGUAUUUCCGCCAGCCUAUCGUGGACACAUUUGAUAUCCGUAUUCUGAUGGCCAAGUCAGUCAAAUACACAGUCAACUUCCUGGAGGCCAAAGAAGAGGAUCUCUACAGGAUAGAGAUUCCCUUUAAAUUCCACAUGAUGCACUCCGGCCUGGUGCACGGCCUGGCUUUCUGGUUCGAUGUGGCGUUCAUGGGAUCCUCGAUGACAGUGUGGCUGUCCACAGCCCCCACAGAGCCCCUCACCCACUGGUACCAGGUGCGCUGUCUGCUGCAGUCCCCCCUCUUCACCAAGGCCGGGGACACGCUGUCCGGCACGGCUAUGCUGAUGGCCAACAAGAGACAAAGCUACGACAUCAGUAUUGUCGCCCAGGUGGACCAGACAGGAUCAAAGUCCAGCAACCUCCUGGACUUGAAGAAUCCCUUUUUCAGGUACACAGGCACCACCCCCAACCCCCCUCCUGGCUCACACUACACCUCCCCAUCCGAGAACAUGUGGAACACGGGCGGGGCCUACAACAUGAAUCAGGGGAUGGCUGUAUCAGGGAUGCCUGCAGCUUAUGACCUCAGCACAGUCAUUGGCGGCGGUCCGGCGGUGUCUCACAACAACCUCAUCCCCCUUGGUACGAAUCACACUCCCCCCGACUUCUCAACAUCUCAUGUGAACACCGGGAUUGUAAACCACACCCACUCCAGGAUGGGCUCCAUCAUGAGCACAGGAAUUGUCCAGGGAGCCACCACGGGCCAGUCGGGUCCCAGCAGCAGUGGCACUUACUAUCCCGUCACCAACCAGUUCACCAUGGGGGGCGCCGCAAUCUCCAUGGCCUCGCCUAUGGUCAUCCCCAGCAACACCAUGCAUUACGGCAGUUAGGGCGAGGACCUCAAGGAGACCUUUUCGACCACCCUGCCCCUGCAUGACAAGAGACCCCCCCCCCCCAAACCCCGAACGACACACCGGCCGCAGCCAAGAUACCAAAACCAGUGCUGUGCUGGCACUGCCUCCCCAUGUUUGUCCUCCUGCUACUCUGGUCAGUCCAUCACUCUACGAACGGUCGAACGCACUCAUUUCCGUCCAGACUCUUUCGUCUUGCUGACAGACCACCCCCCCCCCCACUCCCGACCACCACCAAGGGAUCCAUUGGGACUCGUGCACACUGAGAUGUACAGCCGUUUAUUAGCCAUCUCCUCCUCCCUUCAACGUGUAUCUCAGUCCACCCCCCCCCACCCCCCCGCUGUAGGAGUCAUGAUGAUGACCCGCUGCCAGAGACCAGCACCAGUUCGCUCCGACGCGUCUCCACACUAAAGGUCCAGCAUCAUCGACUUCAUCAAUCUCAUAUCUGACCCCGUCCUCGGGGGCCCACCGCACCUUUUCCUCAAGAGACGGACUGAAACGAGGCAAAACCCCCUCGCCCCCCCCCAAGUUUUGGUUUUGGCAAAGAUAUCAGGAAACGGGCCAGAGCGCCUGGAAGAGUUCUGAAAAUAAGCUCUUUUUUUUAGUUUUGCGAGGUGGAGGAAGUGACUUUUUGCCCCCUCUGAGGUUCCACCCGGUGUCACUGCAGGUCACCUUCCAGGCUGAGCAAAGGGACGAAGCUUUAAACGUGGUUAGCUUCGCUCAAAGGUGAGAAGCUACCACUGAGUCUUUGUCUAUAGUUGGAAUGCACCUAGUAUUAAGUUAAACCAUCUCAACUAAGAAAAUAGGCAGUUUUAAAAUCUGCUCUUAGGUGUAUUUUUGACAAAGCUGGUCUUUGCGCUGAUAUAAAUUCUCUGCUAGACUGAAUAAUAGAAUAAAAAUAAGCUGCUCCAGAUUGCCAUCCUCCCCCUUCUGCUGGAGGGUUAAGGCUCGGCGUUUCCUUCCUGGAAAGGCACAGCUUGUUGUUGUUGUUGUUGUGCACACAUGAAGGUGCCAGUUGUGAGAGAAUUUCAUCACGUGAGGUAAAGCUGCUGCUCCCAUCACCCUGCUGUCCUCCUCUGAGUGGACCUAUCAGGGAGAAGAUGGUGAGGACGGAGGAUCCCCAUGUGGCAGCCAGCCGGACGCUCAAUGCGGGAAGCUCCCCGUUUGCACCCGACUUUACCCCCCCCUUCACCUCCAACAUAUCACCCCCCACCCCCCGGCCCCCAACACCCUCGCCCCUUUUAUCAGUCGCGGAGAGAAGGACUGACACACAUUGCUUCCAGUGUCACAAUUAUCGGACUUGAAAUAUUACGAGUUUAGAAAUGUUUUAAGAGAGUUGAGAGAAAAGUCUCUUUGUAGGAUUAACCUUUUUUUGUUAUCUUUGUUUUUGUUUCCUUUUUCUUUCGCAUAAAACGACAAACAUUGAAAAAAAGAGCAAAUUAAAUGUGGUGGAAAUGUUCCAAAACCAUCCUGGAAUCAGGUGUUGUAGUACUUUGAUUAUAGCCUUUAGCAUCGUGUCCCUGCUUUUUGUUGUUGUCAUUGAAUUAUUUGCUCUGUGUA